UUCCAGCGGACCUAUUAUUGUGUCGUACACCAAUGCUGAGGUUCUGAUCAUGGCGUCGGGUCAUCUGUGCAGGUUAAGGUCCCUCUCAAGACUUUAUAAUACCAUAAACCUGAGGCUUGGACAAACACGUUUAGUGCCAACCUGUCAUCAAUCAAACGUGGCUGGCCAUCAAUUCAAUGACGCCAAUUGCAAAGUGGAGAUUGGUGUGACUUCCGAUGGAAGCACCAUUGUGUGCUACCAUCCCUCCGUUGACGUUCCCUAUGAACUAACCCAGCCAAUCGAACGGCCGGGGCCUCUGAGCAACGCAGCAGAGACCCACGACCAGGUGAUCAAGGCCCACCUCAGCAUGGAGGUGGUCAAGGGCAAGCAGGGCCCCACCAUCGAGGAGCUGAGCAAGAUGUUCUUCACCACCAAGCACGACUGGUAUCCCAAGGGCCAGUAUCGCACGAGACGUAUAAAGAAGAAUCCACCAAAAGACAGAUAACUGAAGGAUCUCCAUUAAAAUUACUGUAUGGUCUUCUAAAUAUUCUAAUAUGCUUUGUAAUAAAAUGCUCAAUAUGC